CUUCCGUAACUCAUCUCAAAAUGACUGGUCGCGGUAAAGGAGGAAAAGGACUCGGCAAAGGAGGCGCCAAACGUCAUCGUAAAGUUUUGCGUGACAACAUCCAAGGUAUCACCAAGCCGGCCAUCCGUCGUCUUGCUCGCCGUGGUGGUGUGAAGCGUAUCUCUGGUCUCAUCUACGAGGAAACCCGCGGUGUUUUAAAGGUGUUUCUCGAGAACGUGAUUCGUGACGCCGUCACCUACACUGAACACGCCAAGAGGAAGACUGUGACGGCUAUGGAUGUCGUCUACGCACUGAAACGCCAGGGCCGUACUCUGUACGGUUUCGGCGGUUAAACAUUUUGAUUUUCAUUUAGACUCGGAUCUCAAUUCAAUCGGCCCUUUUCAGGGCCACCAACUUGUUACAGAAUGAGUUCUCGUUUAACUUUCGGUCUCCAUUUAAAAUUUGCUUAAGCUAUCUCGUGCGUGGGGUAGUCUUACGUCUU